AGAUAUAAAUACCCAUAUCUCAACAAUCUCAACCUCAAGGUCCUCGACAAACACCCACAAUGGCCAACACCACCAAUCUCCUCCGCUCCCUCCUCUUCAUCACCCUUCUCUUCCCCCUCCUCAUACGCCCCUCCGAAUCCACCACCGUCCCUCGCCGGUCCACCAAAUCAGACCCGUCGGUCGUGGACGCUGAAUUCCUUCAAGGCCACAACACGGUGCGGGCAAGCCACAACCUCCCUCCGCUCAGUUGGAGCAUAGAGAUGGUUUACUACGCCAAGUGGUGGGCGAACCAGCGGAGGGCCGACUGCGCUCUGGAACACUCCGCCCUGGACUACGGCGAGAACAUAUUCUGGGGGCAAGGGCGCGAGUGGACGGCCACCCAGGCGGUGGCGGCGUGGGCGGCGGAGGAGGCGUACUACGAUUACGCUACGAAUACGUGCAUGCCGGACAGGGACUGCACGCACUACACGCAGAUGGUGUGGAGGACCACCACCAGCGUCGGGUGCGCGAGAAUCAGGUGUUCGAAUGAGGACACUUACGUUGUGUGUGAAUAUGAUCCGCACGGUAAUAUCAUCGGAGAGUGGCCGUAUUAGAACGUUCGGGUUCAAUUCAACAAUCUCUAGUCAUGUACGUUGCCUAUAUAUUCAAAUACUCUAGCAAUGUAAUAUAUUAACGUUAAAUUGUACACGGCUGUCCGUUUUAUAAAUCUGAAUUCAAAUUUUGCUA